ACCCUUCUCUCUAUCUCAUUCUCUAUGGCUCUGUUUUAAAAAAAGGACAGCUUUAAUAUCUCUCUUUCUUUUCUCCUUUUACAUACAUCCCAUUCCCAUGGCUAGAUGAUGUUGAAGCUUCGCAAAAACUAGGGUUCUACACAAGCAGCUAUCUCACACGUUUCAUCCAAUCACCUCCCACCCUUCUCUUCAUCAGUCAUCAAUCAUCAAUCAUCAAUCAUCAUUCCCACCUGCAUCAAUCUCUGGAACUAUCGCUUCAGAUUAGCCAAUUGUAACAGAGGAUCUCCCCGAUUCGUUAUAUUACCUGUACGUUCUUAUAUACUCAUUCCGACAAAUCUAGAUCAGGGUUGCUUCUGUGUAUGUCGUCACUCAAUCUGUUGUAAUAAAUAUCCGUUAGUUACAUGUAUUCGUUAAUCUUACGGAUCUUUGACUAAUUACGCUAAAAUAGAUUUGAUCUUUUGCUUCUUCCUGAAGACAACACGAACGCGAGCACAUGUGUCUGAUUCUAGUUUAAAUUACACAAUGGCGUUGAAGUCAAGUUCUGCCGAUGGCAAAACAAGAAGCUCUGUUCAGAUCUUCGUCGUCUUCAGCCUAUGUUGCUUCUUCUACAUCCUCGGAGCAUGGCAACGAAGCGGUUUCGGCAAAGGAGACAGCAUCGCUCUCCAGAUGACCAACAGCGGAGCUGACUGCGACAUCGUCCCAAGCCUAAACUUCGAGACUCACCACGCUGGAGAAUCCAGCAUCGUUGGUUCCUCAACAAAGGUCAAAGCCUUCGAGCCCUGUGAUGCUCGUUACACUGACUACACACCCUGUCAAGACCAGAGACGCGCGAUGACUUUCCCUAGAGAUAGUAUGAUCUACCGCGAAAGGCAUUGCGUUCCCGAGAGUGAGAAGCUACGUUGCCUUGUGCCAGCGCCUAAAGGAUAUGUGACGCCGUUCUCUUGGCCUAAGAGUAGAGAUUACGUGCCGUAUGCUAAUGCUCCGUAUAAGGCAUUGACUGUUGAGAAGGCUAUUCAGAAUUGGAUUCAGUAUGAGGGUGACGUUUUUAGGUUCCCUGGUGGUGGGACUCAGUUUCCUCAGGGUGCUGAUAAGUAUAUUGAUCAGCUUGCUUCGGUGAUACCUAUGGAGAAUGGUACUGUUAGGACUGCUUUGGACACUGGCUGUGGGGUUGCAAGUUGGGGAGCAUACUUAUGGAGCAGAAAUGUGCGUGCAAUGUCUUUUGCACCAAGAGACUCACACGAGGCUCAGGUUCAGUUUGCUCUAGAGAGAGGUGUUCCCGCUGUUAUUGGUGUUCUUGGCACUAUAAAGUUGCCAUAUCCAGCACGGGCUUUCGACAUGGCUCACUGCUCUCGUUGUUUGAUUCCAUGGGGAGCAAAUGAUGGGAUGUACUUGAUGGAAGUUGACCGUGUGCUUAGGCCAGGUGGCUACUGGAUUCUAUCUGGUCCUCCUAUAAACUGGAAGAUCAACUACAAGGCAUGGCAACGUCCCAAGGAUGAGCUUCAAGAGGAACAGAGAAAGAUUGAGGAAGCUGCUAAGCUUCUUUGUUGGGAGAAGAAGUAUGAACACGGCGAGAUCGCUAUCUGGCAGAAGAGAGUCAACGAUGAGGCAUGCCGGUCAAGACGAGAUGACCCUAGAGCCAACUUUUGCAAAACUGAUGAUACUGAUGAUGUCUGGUACAAGAAGAUGGAGGCAUGUAUUACACCGUAUCCGGAGACAAGUAGCUCAGAUGAAGUUGCUGGAGGAGAACUUCAGGUUUUUCCAGAUAGACUCAACGCGGUACCGCCUAGGAUCUCUAGUGGUUCCAUCUCUGGUGUCACGGUUGAUGCAUAUGAAGAUGAUAACAGACAGUGGAAAAAACAUGUGAAGGCUUACAAGAGAAUCAACAGUUUGCUUGAUACAGGAAGGUACCGUAACAUCAUGGACAUGAACGCAGGGUUUGGUGGGUUUGCUGCUGCUAUUGAGUCUACAAAGCUUUGGGUUAUGAAUGUUGUCCCCACGAUCGCUGAAAAGAAUAGGCUUGGUGUUGUGUAUGAGCGAGGACUAAUUGGAAUCUACCAUGACUGGUGUGAGGCUUUCUCUACAUACCCAAGAACAUAUGACUUAAUCCAUGCGAACCAUCUCUUCAGUUUGUACAAGAACAAGUGCAAUGCGGAUGACAUUCUUCUGGAGAUGGAUCGUAUUCUCCGACCAGAAGGAGCAGUUAUAAUCAGAGAUGAUGUUGACACAUUGAUAAAGGUGAAGAGAAUCAUAUCCGGAAUGAGAUGGGAUUCGAAGCUGGUUGAUCACGAGGAUGGUCCUUUAGUUAAUGAGAAGGUUUUGAUUGCUGUGAAGCAGUAUUGGGUCACCAACUCCACCUCGGCUCACUGAAGUUUCGGUGUGACCUGAACAUUUUGAUCAAAUGAUAGAAAGCUUUCUUUGUCCUUAGGGAAUGUGAGAGAGCUACACUCUCGUCUUUGUUACACUUUUUCCAAGUAUCUCUAUUACUUUUAUUGUAAUAGUUUAUAUAUGUUUCCCAGUCCAAAAACUUGGAACUUUUGUUUUACAUUUUUGUUUCCAUGUGAUGAAAAGUGAAAACAAGAAGAAAUUGAAGUGGA